GCCUAUGGAGACGGGAUUUUUUUUUUUUUUAGCUUAUAUCAACAGAAUCGAACUUUUCUUUGUAAAACGACAUGAAUAAUUACAAGAAAAGUUACAAACAAGUUAGGUUAUCGUAUUUAUAUUAGAAUUGUUGACUAUUCCUUGUAAGAAGUGCUAAAUUCUGUUGUCUUGAUGUGUUAUUAUAAAGACAGCCUGAUCGAGGUUUAAAUAUGACCAAUGUGCCACGUAAGGGGAGUGCGGAAAGAUCCAUACCACACACCCGUAUCAAUGAAGAUGAUGGGUUAAAAGAAAAAUAUGAGAUUGGUAGGAAACUGGGAGAAGGUAGUUUUGGUAAAGUUUACAGUGCAAUGAGUAGAGCAACUGGUAAAGCCUGGGCUAUAAAAAGUGUAAAUAAGGAAAAGGCUGGCAGCAAUGGGUUAAAGUUAUUAGAACGAGAAGUAGCUAUUUUAAAAAGAGUAAAACAUCCAAAUAUAAUACAGCUUAAUGAAGUCAUUGAGUCAAACCAGAAAAUGUAUUUGGUGACCGAAAUAUGUGACGGAGGAGAAUUAAAUGAUGUCUUAAAGCAAUCUUUAUUUAAAGAAUCAGAGACUAAAAUCAUAAUGACAAAAUUAGCCAGUGCAAUUUCUUAUUUACAUAAGCAUGACAUAGUACAUCGAGAUUUAAAGUUAGAAAAUAUUUUAUUAAGUCAAAAUCCUGAUGACCCAGAAGACAAAUUGCAUAUAAAGGUUACAGAUUUUGGUUUAUCUGUAGUUAAAGAUGGUGUUGGACAUGAUAAUAUGAUGCAGGAUGUCUGUGGUACUCCUAUUUAUAUGGCACCAGAAAUAAUAGAUAAUAAAACAUAUAGUCAGAUGUGUGAUGUAUGGGCUAUGGGUGUUAUUAUGUAUAUGUUAUUAUGUGGUUGUCCACCGUUUAAUGCAGCAGAUGAAGAAGGGUUAUAUGAAAUGAUCAAGAAAGCAGAAGUAAAGUUUGAAGAAUCUGCAUGGAAGGACAUAUCAGGCGAAGCAAAGAACUGUAUAGAGAGAAUGUUACGUUGUGAUCCUGCUCACAGAAUAACUGCUGGUGAAGUUCUUGAUCAUUCCUGGAUAACGGGAGAAUCACAUGACAAUUCACGUCCAACGAAUGUUCUUGAAAUGAUGCGAAUGUUCCGUGAAGAGGAGGAUACCACAGAUAAUUUAGUCAAUGGUGGGAUUGAAGUUAAAUUGGACAGUGAACACAAUGAUGAAGAUGUAACUGAAAAUGGCACAAGUUCAUCUCAAACUAAAGAUACAACAAAUCGUAAAGGAUCAGGUGUCAAAAAGGCAUCUUCUACUUUAGCUUCUUCUUCAUCUACAAAUACUUCAAUGAAAACCAAACAUUCCACUGGAAGUUCAAAUUCAACUGGUGCAUCCAAGAUCAGCACUGGAUCUAAAUUACAUUCAAAUAAUGUUAAACAUUCUGUUAAUACAAAAACUAAGCCUACUGUGGAUACAAAAACUAAGCCUACUGUGGCUCAUAAAACAAAGAAAAAAUGAAGUAUAGUGAAGUUUAGCAAUAACAAGAUAGAAAAACCAAGAUCUGUAGAGGACUCGGUCUCAUAAGGAAAUAAAGGAAUUGUGCCAGACACCCCAAAAAAACUCAUUUGGACGGAAAUGAGUGUGCUGAACUUUUUUCUUUUUUUUUUCCAUAAAAAUAUAUGUGUUUAACAAAUAUUCUUUGAAGUCUGGCAUUAGUUUAAUAUUUAAUUCUAAUAUUUAAUUGAAAUGUUGCAAUCUGAUUAGAUAACAAAUCAAAUGCUUUUUGGUUUCGCCAUAUAUAACCAUGCUCGACUCAAGAACCAAGACAGCUUUUUCUAAUAUAGACAUUAUCCAAUUACAUUGCCUGUUCAGUUGUAAAUUUGGGAGAUACUAAACUAUAUUGGCUAAUUGAAUAUUCCAAGUCACAGGGUCAGUAUUUACCCAAUUGACUACUUCAGAUAUACAUUUAUAAUAAAAUUUAAAAUGAAAGAAAAAAGAAUUUUGAAGUUUUUUAUUUUUUUGUAUGAUCAGAUUGUGACAUGUUAAUGAUUGACAAGUAAUAGAGGAAAAAUUGAUGUAAGUGCUGUGUGAAUUAGUUUUAUUUCUUCAACUUGUAUUUAUAGUUUUAAUUGGAUUUGUUUAUUGUUAGGUAUAUAUAAUGAUAGUUUCCGUCUAUAUAUAUAUAUAUUUGUAUGUAUGAACCAUUUCUUCUAGCAAAACUUAUCAAUGAACUUUCCUCGCAUGUUGUAUAUAUCAUGUACAUUCCUUAGACAUAGAGAGGUGAAAUGAAAUGUAAUGGGGUUUAACCUAGACAUAUAGAGGUUUGAUGUUGGUAUGAUGUAAUCACUGUGAUAGACUGCUUACAAACUAUUUAAAAAGAACAUUUAUAUUUAAUGAAACUGUGUGUACUUCGUAUUAUAUUUAUUAUUAACUUAUAAAUCUAACCUAUUUAUUGUAAUAGAAAUUCAGAAUAAAUUGUAUUUAAAGUCGACUUCGCAUAUAACGGACACCUCGGGACCGGAAGAAAUCGUCGGUUAUGAACGGUGUCCGUUAUACAAAAAACGUAUUAAGAAGACUUUUGAAAUUUUCUUGAGGAAGAAGACUAAAAUUUACUUUUGAACAAAUUGAAAUCUCAAAAUUUCCGUUUUUAUUCAGGAUUUCCGUGUGUGUGUGUGGAAUCGCUGUUGUUCCUGGGCUAAAUUUUCCCAGAAAAAUGUUUCCCAUAAAAUCAGUAUGGAUAUUUUCUGGGAAAAGUAUUCCAGUCACCGAUAAUAAAAUCAGUAAUAUCAUCAUUUUGUUCUGCUUAUUCGAGAGUCCGUUAUAAAAAUGGACUUUAACAGGGACCGAUGAAAAUCGUCUGUUAUAAACGAUUGUCAGUUACACAGUGUCCGCAUUAAAUGACUUUGAAAAUAAGAAAAUUCUAUUACAAAAAUCAGGACCAAACUGUUGUGUCCGUUAUAAGCGAUUGUUCGUUAUAUGUGGAGUCUACUGUAUUCCUUUCCAAGACGACCUAUGCUACACUUUCACAUUUAUGACUCAACACAACUUAACAAUGACUCGAUUAUUUAGUUAUUUUCAGUUCAAAAGAAAUCUGGAAAUAAAAAAUGUUUUCUACCAAUCACGUCAAGUGAGUGCUGAACUGACAAUAUGAUAUUAAUUUAAAUGUGAUUAAAACGACUCUAUAAUGAAACUGAACUGUUUUAUGCUGAAUUCUAUGUAUGAAUAAGACGUACAUAUAUUUCUAUUAAAUUUUGUUAUACAGUACUGCUGAAAUUUUUAAUUUUUUUUUAUUUUAUCCAUCCAUAUUACAUAAUUAUAUACCGUACUGCUGCUGAAAUGUCCAAUUCUUCCACUCAAAAUUGAAUUUUUUUUUUAUUUUCUGACCAUAUUUUAUCGGCAUUAUAAUCAGUAUUCUUGGAAAAACUCUUGAUCUGUCUCCGUCCAUAUAAUUAUAAUUUAUUUAAUUAGUUCUAUUAAUAAAAAUAUAUAUACUGCUGAUUUGUUUUUUUUGGUUUUUUUGUUAUGGGAUGUUUUUGUAUAUAGUAUAACUAAUUAUUGUGAUAUAUUUAUUGUAUGCAAUCUAAUUAUUUUGACAUAUCUAUAUUUGUUAUUCUUAUUUAUAAUAAAAAGAUUUAAUUUAAGACCUCCAUCGUAAGAAUAAUAUUUGUAAAAUCAAACUGGGAAACUCAUCCUGAAGUCUAUAUUUUUUGUCUGGCAUCUACAGAUGUAAAUCUUAAAAGAUCUAAGAGUUAGUUCCCUUGGAUAGUUAUCAUUUUCUUGUUUUUUUUCUGGCAUGAAACUAACUGGACUGAUUGACUCACAAAUAGGCCUAUAUUCACUUGAAUGAGUCAAAAUAAAUAGUUUCACAUGUUAAUUUUGUAAUGUAUUAAUAAUACUGAGGUUUUUUUUUUUAAGCAAAGAUAGCAUGAAAAGAUUAUCUGCCAUCCCAACAUUUUUUAUAUUUCAUUGUUAAAGAGGCAAUGUGGCAAGUCCAAUAAAAUCUUUCAUUAUUUAAAGGAGCUAAAACCUCUGAUAGGUAAAUAUAAAGUGUUGAAUUGCGAUGAUUUGACAUGUUAUUUUAAUAGUGUGAAGUUCCGCUACAAGGUCCUCCCUACUAAAAAAACUAUACAUUUUUGGAAAGCUUAUAACACCAGGAACACAAAUCCAGAGUGUUCCAAGCAAAAUAUUUGCAAUAACUCAAUUUAGGGGAAGAUGAUGAUUGUCACGUAAAUUAAUGCUAUAUUUAUACUAAUAAUGGUGAAGUUGACAUCAAAGUAAAUAUUGGCGAAAACAUCCGAUGCCUUCAUAAUAUGCACAGAAUAUGCUAUUGGUUAAAUUUUGAUUUAAAGCAAAAUGCAGAAAACAAUGGACAGGGGAACAUACGGUGUUUUGGAAAUCCAUUUACGGUAAAAGGAGUUAUCCCCAUUAUAGAAAAUAUCAAUAAUUAUUGAUAACAGUAUUUUGUUUAAAGAAUUUGUUCGAUAAACUGUUACUGAAUAGGAUUUAACUACAGACAAGGGCCUAUAAAAGUUCAAUCUUUUUUCAGAUAAGAUUUGAGGCUAAAGCUCUAACAAAUAUUUAAACUGAAACAUAGCAUCUACAGAUAUUUAGUUUGCUCACUGAAAUAGAUAUGACCAAAACUAAAUAAUGCUGUACUGGGAGUGACAACGUUGUAAUGGAGAGAAAAGAAAUCAAAUUAAGUUUAAUGUCUUACUGUUCUGCGCUAACCCGUAUAAUUAAGAUGAGCAUACGCCAUACAUUAUAGUUUGGGAGGGGAAGGGGGUGGGAGAGGGCAUUCUCUACGUGUACAGCUAGUAUUUUCUUGCUUUCCAUGCAAGUGUCAUCAUUGUGCAAGUGGGGCAUGGAUACUCAGUAAGGGGCUGGCUCACUUACUGUCUGUCCACCCGCCCGUCACACUUUUUGGGACACAAUAACUCUUCUAAUUGAGCUAGAAUUUUCAAAAUUGGUGUAGGUUAAUGCUUUGGGACACAAUAACUCUUCUAAUUGAGCUAGAAUUUUCAAAAUUGGUGUAGGUUAAUGCUUUGAUGGAGUUCGAAGGUGGUCAUUUUCUGCUUAAGUUAAGCUAAGCAGAGAUAAGCAAUUUGAUUGGUUGGUGCUUUGGGACACAAUAACUUUAGUUCUAAUUAAGUGAGAGUGAUCACAUCAACACCUUGACUAAGUUCGAUAAUGAACAUUUUCUGCUGAGGGUAAGCAGAGCGAUAAGCAAUUUGAUUGGUCGAGACGUUGAACACAAUAUUGUCUGUUUACGGUAAGCAGAGAAGUAAUUUGAUUGGUUGAUUCUUUGGGACACACUAACUUUGGUUAUAAUUAAGUGAGAGCUAUGAAACUCCGAGUAUAGAUUCAUUAUAUUAUUACCUUGACUAAAUUUGACGAGACUUCUCUGCUUAGGCUAAGGAGCGGUAAGCAGUUUGAUUGGUCAAGACUUUGGAACGUAACAACUCUACUUUUAAUUGAGGUAGAAUGUUCAAACUUGAUGUUCAUUAGGUGAAUAUCUAAUAGAGAGUGAUGAAACUUAAUGUAUAGCUGAUAAGCAGUUUGAUUGCUCGAUACUUUUGAAAAAGAUAUGUUCAAUUAAUUAUUAUCUGUCAUCUAUUUAUUUCGGGAUUUCGGCGGGGGACAUCAGCCUCACUGUUGGCUUGUUUUAUUCUCUUCAUUACAAUUGCCACUCAGUAUUAUUAUUUAGGCUUUGCCAUAUAUCUAUUUUAGUGAGAAGAUUAUAUAUUUAUAGAUGCUUUGUUUCAAUUCAAAUAUCUGUUAGGAAUUUAGUCUUAAAUCUAAUCCGAACUAAAGGUUUACAGAUAUAUUAGUAGAAAUACUGUUUUGGGAGAACUUAUAUCCCCCCCCCCCACCGGAAUCGACGAACAGUUCAUUUUUCAGGCAAUGUAUUUCAGUGUUUCGGGCACAAACAUCAGAGAAUGGAGAAUGCGACCAUAUAUCAUGCGACCAUAUAUAAUUGUGUAAUUAAUUAAAAAUAAACAAUCAUCACAGCUUUGUGGAAAAUUUGUUUUAGUUAAUGAUUGAUUCAUUCAGAUAAUUCGGGUGACAAAGGAAAUUGUCGCGUAAAUAGGCUCAGAUCCCGAUUCAGUUUGUUUAAUCAAAUAUAGUUUAAACUAUUGUUUUCCCUCCAGUCCGAACGACUGGGCAUUGUUCUCCCAGCCCCCCCCCCCCCCGUAGUAAAUGUGGAAAUGAAACAAAAGACUGUUAAAGAAACCGAAUGUUUAUAAAUGUAGUGACAGCGAUGAAGAUAACGACUAACUUUGAUGACAUUUAAAGUGAAGAGUAACUGCGUAAUUUUAAUUUUCAAUGAUUGUUUUAUUGCAAUAAAUAAUUAAUUAGUUUUUGUCUUAUAUCUAUAUUUGUUUGCAAAUUACAAAAUUAUAGAUACGGUUUCAGUUUAACUGUUUGUAAUAUGGCCUUAAAUAUCUGCCUGUAGUAAAAAUAAUGUAGGGUCUAAUUGAAAGGGUAUGUGGGUGUGGGUUUAUAUUUUAGUGGAAAAAAAUCACGUGGUUUCAAUGCAAUUUACAAAACUAGAACAGAUUCUGGUCUCCAUUAUUUCAUUACCAUAUCUCCUUGCUCAUCCAACUAGGCGCUCCGCCCAUAAUUUCUGGGUAAACACCCGCUCACCAACCCUUGCAGGCCCCUGGGACCCCAUUCAUGAUAUAAGUAGAUCUGUAUGAAUAUGGCAGCAUGAAAUAAUAAAAAAAACAACAAAAAAAAAAAAA